UUAGUAUUUGUCACUAUUUAACUUUUCUUUUUUAUCAUUGUUUAUAUUAGUAAAAAUAUAAACACUAACGCCUUAAGUAUUUCCCAUAUAUGUUUAUCAUGUAAGCUACAAAAUAUUUGUCAUCAUCUUAUCCACUUUGCUACCUUUUCUCCAACAUCACUCACUCUGCCAAAAACAGUUUACAAAAUCACCUUGUUUAUUACUUCCAACCGCUCAGCCUGAAAAUGUCCUCCACGGAGGAAGGAGGCGGCGCCGUCGGAGCAGCUCCCACUGAUCAAACAAUCACCGACAACAACGAUUCCGUGAGCAUUGAUAUGGACGUCCCUCUCAGCGUUGGCGAAGUAGUGAAUCUCCGGUCAUUAGACGAAGCUUUCGACGGCGACGAAAUCGACCUCCGUGCCAAACCAUUGAUACAAAGAGUUCCAUCAACCCUUGGUCGUCACGAAGAUUUCAGUAAGUAUUUCAAGCCGAAAGUGAUCUCAAUCGGCCCACUCCACCACGAUGAUCCCACCUUCCAUAAAUCCGAGAAGCUCAAGCUCAAAUUAGCAGCACUUUUCGUCAAAAAAAUUGGCGUCGAUAAGGAUACCUUGUACAACAACAUGAAGACAGAGAUCGAUGAGUUAAAGAAAUGCUAUGAUCCAAAGGGAUUAGAGAACUAUAGCAACGAUAACGAGAAACUGGCUUGGAUUUUCUUCGUUGACGGCUGCGCAAUUUUACAAGCAGUUUACAGGCGUUACGGUGAUGAUGAUAAUGGUGAUGAUAAUGAUGGUAAAUUGUUUAUUAAAGACGAUUUGCUGACAUUUGUGUACUCGGAUCUGUUCUUGUUGGAAAACCAAUUACCUUUUCGUGUUCUUGAAUUGCUUACAAGGCCUAGAAAAAAUGGCGAAAAGUUCAUGAAUGCAAUCCAAAGGUUCAUCGACGAAACUGUUAUCAUCCCAGGCGAGGACAGGGAAUGGUGGUGGAAGCAGCAAAAAGAAGGAGAGCGAAUUCACUUAUUGCAUCUACUACGAGAAAGACUCCUUCUCAGAAAAGUACGAAUACGGUGCUGGUGUUUUCUUUGGGAAUUCACUCGACACGGAUUUGGCAAAGCAGCAGCAAGAAGAAAAAGAACAAAACGGUACCAUUCACGCACCAUUGGUAACGUAAAAGAGCUUAAAAAGGCCGGGAUAUGGUUAGAAGCCAGCGAAACAAGUAAUUUAACCGACAUCAGUUUCAACCAUAUCUUCUUCUUCGGAAAAUUACGGUUACCGCCGAUCUCCGUCGAUGAUUCAACCAUGAACUUAAUAGCUUACGAAAUGUGUCCGGAUUUCGACAACGAUUUCACCGUCACUUCAUAUAUGUGUUUCCUUGAUUUAUUGAUCGAUGAAGCCGAAGAUGUUAAAGACCUUAGAGACUCCGGCAUACUAUACAAUGGAUUGGGCAGUGAUGAAGAAAUGGCUAAGCUUUUCAAUAAGAUGAACACUGAUUUGGUUCCUAGUCCGACAAUUUACAGUGGGGUUAAAGAGAAAAUACAUAAUCAUUGUAAGACUAUGUGGAUUAAUCAUGCAGCUCAAGGUUAUCAUACUUAUUUUAGGAGUCCUUGGACGUUUUUAGCAUUUUUGGGUGCCAUUGCUGCACUUACUCUUACUGCUUUGCAGACUUAUUAUACCAUACAUCAACCGAAGUAAGUGUUCUUUACUUGUCUUUUUGUAAACUAUUAUUAAGCAUAUGAAAUUCAUAAGUGUUGUAGAUAUAAAAUUAUCCAUGGCGUCUUAGCUUCUUGGUUAAGGGGAAGGUUUUAGGUUUUUGAGUAUUUAGGUUCUAUAAUAUUAUUCUCAAUUGUGAUGUGCAGGUUCCACUCUCAUCACAUUUGUAUAUCACCUGUAGACUUUGUCUUGUUCUUUCUAGAUUAAUCCAGACAUAUAUUUGUACUUGUAUAAAUGUUAAACUUAACUCUUGACAUUUACCUUUUUUAUCAAA